CCACACACCUUUUUCCAGCCAUUAUGAAGGUGAUAGCAUCCAAUUGUAAAUGUCCAUCUCAUCACCUUCCUUCCAUUUCUUCAAUUUACCUCAACCAGAAAAUCAUUGGAUUCAUCUCCUCUAAUAUCUCCUUCAUCCUUCUUCUCAUAGCCUCCAAAAUCCAAUUUUUCCAUGGAUUUCUCAAGAACAGACCAAACUCUCCUAUGUUUUCUCUUUAUCUCCUCCCCCCUUCUCUUCGCUUUUGCAGAUAAUCACCAAUCCUACAACUCCCUCACCGCUUAUGAAAUGCUCGAAAAGUUUGAUUUUCCCAAAGGGAUUCUGCCUGAGGGAGUUCAGAGCUACUUGUUGAGGAGUGAUGGGAGCUUUGACGUUUUUCUCGGUGAUUACUGCGAGCUCAAGGCGAGUGGGAGUUACCUGUUGAGGUACAGGAGAAAGAUCUCCGGCAAGGUGGAGCCAAGGAGUUUGAAGAAACUGGAUGGGGUUAGUGUGAAAAUCUUCUUCUUGUGGUUUGGGAUCAGUGAAGUGAUAAGGAGCGGAGAUGAGCUCAGAUUCUUUGUAGGGCCUUUCUCUUCAUCUUUCUCUAUCUCAAAUUUUGAAUUUUGUCCCCAGUGCAGAGAUAAGUUUAGUUCUCUCGAUCAAUUGGUUCAGAAUUCUUAGGGAUGGAUGCUGGUGAGCUCUGUAUCUCUUUCUUUUACAGAUAUUUUAUCUUGAAUGUAUGUUUGUUCAGUUUAGCCUUUCUCUGGGACAGUUCCGCCAUUAUUUUUUUUUAGCUGUUUUCAAGAAAUUUUUAUAUUAAAAAGCAGGAAGAAAAUUGUCUUAAACGAAGUCUAAGUGAAUGGAUGUCUAAGAGAAUGGAUUAUCAAAUAAUGAAGUUUUAAGUUCCAUCUUCCUA